AUGGGAUUGACAGCUAUCACACCUAUUGGAUUUGCCGCUAGUAGGGAAAUGAGAAGAGGUGAUGGUGAAGGACCUAUACCUUCUCCUGUGGUUAUGGGAUUUGAUUUCAAGUCUAUUGAUGAAGAGCAGUUGAGAACUGUCCGCAACACAUUAAGUAUAAAACAACAACAAGAAGCUCUUAUAGCUCAACGUCAACGUGAAACCGCCGCCGCCAAUGGGACUUCCAUGAGUGGUAAUCUCAACAACACACCUGCUCCACCUCGCGAACUGACUUUUAAAGAUUGGCAUCCUAAAUCUGAAAAACCAUCGGUUGGGAAAAGAAGAGAAAAAACAAGAGAUAAAGUUGAAAGAAUGAGUAUAGUCACGAAUUCUGGUGAUAAUGUUGUUUAUCCAGCGAGUAAAAGCGCACCAUUGAAUAAUCAUCCGUUGUCAGCUCAACAAAACCCACCCAGAGAACAACAACCUUCUGGUAGUCAAACCGCUAUCCCCCCUCAUAUACUUCCUUCUUUGAAUCCUUAUUCGCCUGAGGAUACAAGGAUGGGUUCCCGUUCUGGUUAUCCUUCCAUCCAAUCGAAUCAUUCCAACCAUCCCAAUCAUUCCACUCUCGCCAAUCAUCCAAACCAAAUCAGUCAUACCAGUCAUUCGAACCACGCGACUCAUACCAAUCAUCUCAACAAAGUCAGUCAAUCCAAUCAAAUCAAUCAAGCAGGUUCAUCGACUCAACCUAUACGUUUACCUCCUACACCUAUACAAGAUCAAGAUCAAGAAGAAGAUCAUCUUCGUCAUAAUACUUCUUCUCAAUAUUAUCGUCAUUUACCUCAUUUAUCAUAUGGAGAAAAUCGUAUUCCACACAAUACCUCUCAAUCUCAAAUUCAUAGACCAUCCAAUUCUACAAAUUCUAUUUCAAUGUCAGUUUCACCGGGAAGAAACGAAUUUUUAGAACCUUUUGUUAGAUUAUACGAAGCUUUAAACCAAACUGAACAUCUUAAACAUACUCUAAUGGAAUUGAAUAAAAGGUUUGAAACAUCCUUCAAAACUCAGGUGAAAGCAGCUACGGAUAUUCAAGGUACGGCGGAACAAGCGAACGGUUUAUUGAAAAGUUUACAAGCUAGUGCGGAGAAUUUACAAACUAUGGUGAGGUAUGAAGUUGAAAGAGCUGAGAGUUUGGAUAAGAAAGAAUUGAGAGAUUUGAAAGAGAGGUUGAAGAGGUUGGAAGAUAGAUUGGGAGGUUGA